AUGGCAUCGACUCUCGUGCGCGCAAUGACCUUUGGCGCAGCAUCGGGCGCGUCCUCGUCCUCCUCGCGCGACAGGUCCCAGACUCGCGACCCGUCCUCAUCGCAGGACCGCUCUUCUCGCACCGGCAACGGCAGCAGGUCGAGGAGUAGUUCUCGCACGGGGUUUGCGGCAAAGACGCUCGGGGCGAUGGAGAUCGGAGGCGGGUCGGGGUCGAGCAGGAAGGACGACGACGUACCCGGCCUGUCGAGGAGCAACUCGCGCCUCUUGAGCACGAGCGGCUCUCCUCCUCCCGCUGGGAUUCUCCUAAAUCCCGUCUCGCCCACUCUAAACGGCAUGCUCGCCCCUUCUCCCUCCUUCUCCCCAGUCUACAACCACUCGACCCCUCUCUCAGCCUCGACUUCGAAUCUCGACCUCUCCUCCUCGACAUCCACAACUCCCGGCGCUCGACCAACCCUCACACGCACGUUCUCCGACGCCUCUUCCUCGGGCGUCUCGUCGCACAUAGGUCCGACAACACCUUCCUCCGCACACUUCCCUGGCCCCUCUUCUUCAGCCACCCCAACCGGCGCAACCAGUCCGCCACCCAUCUCGUCUCGUCCAAGCAAGAUCCGGUUCGCUCCGCUGCCGGAAAUCAGGCCUCGGCGGUACUCGACGGGUCGGAACGUGUGGAUUGUAGAUGAGGAGGGGGACGACGAAGACGGCCAACCGAGGCGGACGCGGCUCGUUCGAGUCGGGUCCGACCUCGAGGAUGGAGGGGACGAGUUUGCGCUGGACGAUGAGGACGACGAGGAGGAGGAUGUGGGAGGGGGAAGAGGCGGGUUGAUGGGUGGCAAGUUUGGGAGUUGGAGCGAGACGUUCGGCGGAGGGAUGUGGGGUCUCUCGCCUUCUACCACGCGGAAAAGUCAGGACGAGGACGCGAGGUCCGUCACGAGCAGCUUGGGCGGCGGCGGGGAGUCUGUCAGUGUCGGGAGCGUCGGGUCUGGCGGUUCGGGCGGAGGAGGGUCGUCGUCGAAGAAGCUUCUCAAAGCUUUCGGCCUCAAACCCAAGAGCAAGUCCAAGCACGCCGGGACGGGAGGGGACGACGACUCCCUUACGCGCGUCUCGUCCGUCGAUUCACAAGCUUCCCGACGACUCUCCACUUCCACCGCUGAGGCGCCGAAACCGCGCGGCUCGACGGGGAUCCCGAUGCGCAAGUAUGCGUCGUGGGAGGUCGGUGAGGCGGCGCAGAACGGUCAUGCUUCUGCUUCGUCUGCGGGUGGUGGGAACGGUGCAGGUCAGGCGGUCGGAUCGGGCGGAGGACCGGUUUAUUACGCCUCGCCUGCGCGCUCGGCGAGGAGGAGGGCGAAUUACCCGCCUGUCGCGCAGCGUUCUCGUCGGCCCGCUGCGUCCUCCCACGGCUCGCGCGGUACGAAAGUUGAAGAACCGGCGUUCGAGGAGUGGGGCGUUGGAGGGGUUGGGUCGAGGAGUAAGAGGACUAGUUUUUCGGGCAAGGAGGUGGAGGAGGAGGAUGAUGGGAGUGGGAUGGCGUGGUUGAGGAAGAGGAGGUUGCAGCGGGAGAGGGAGGAGAGGGAGAGGAGGGAGAGGGAGGAGGCGGGACUCGAGGCUGCGGAUGAGGGUGUCAAGGUUGAGGAGGAUCCGUCGGCGCAGAAGGACGAGGAGGACCCGCCCACGCUCGAAUCGGUACCCGCCUACCUCGACGGUGUUCGUCGUCGGACUGCACCGGGACAGAUGCCCUCCCGCUCGGCGACAAUCGAGUCGACCACCUCGUCCGCCUCGACCAUCCGCCCUUCGACGCCCGUACAGCACGCCAGUCCGUCCCUCAACAACAAACCCAGCGGACUGUCUGCCACCCGCCCGGUCCUCAGUGUCGACGUUGCAGACCGCCGCGAAGGCUCCUCCUCCACCGACAGUCCGAGCGGAAGCGGGAGCGACGAGACGCCUAUCACGUCGCCAAUCUCCAACGAGAACGAGGCAGAGGAGAGUGAAGAGGAGGGUGAAAGGGAGGAAGAGGAGGAGGACGACGAUGACCUUGAUGCGGAGGAGUUGGCGCGCGAGGAGGCGCUUGCCGAGGCGGCGAAACGGUCGGCUAAGUCCAUGGGCGCCGAACGCUAUCACUCGGCCGGACACCAAGACGAGCUGCGCGUCCUCGAGGACCGCGCUUGA